AUGUAUAUUAUCCAACAUCUACAAAACAUUGACCUCUCUGCAAAAAUGUGUCAUCAAUUGUGUUUAAAAUUCUUGUGAUUUUGUUUUUACCUUUCACAUUGCAGCAAAAAUAUGAGUAUACUUUGAGUCCUACAAGUGAAUAUAAAGCAACAAAUACUACAGCUCAAACUUUGUGGCACUAUUUUCUCAUUUUUCAGGUUUAAUUUACACAGGCACAAAAUUCUACAACUACAUAAAAUAUAACAGUUAUAAAAGCACGACAUUCUCUUUACUAGAGUUGCAGUCAGUAGAGCGCAUGUCUCAACCAUUACACUCAGCAGACGCUUUUGUCCAAAGCAACUUACAAUAAGUCCAUUAAACCAUUAAGAUUUUACCCAAAAGUGCAAGAAUCGAUAGAAUAAAGAAACAUUUAUCAAAUAGGCAAAAACAGCUUCAAGUGGUCAUUUUAGAUUUUUUUUUUUUUUUGAGAAUGGGGGCUAGUGUAGAGCCCGUUCUCAACAUGCAUGUUUAGCCCGCGGUGUUGCUGGUUGCAGUUUUCUUUUUGAAACGGCAAAAAGUGACACGCAGUAGUUGAGCCUAGGCGACUGACAUCGCGCUGUUGAACAAACAGCUGUUCAUUUUUUUAAUCAAAGUUCUGUUUUAGAACCCUAAAUGGGCUGUGGUUGUGAACGCGCCGUUGUUGUAUUGACAAUGUAUCUGAUGAUGACGAGUCCCAGCUUUCUUGAAUUAUUAGUAAGAUUAGUCAGAAGCUGUCUCCAGCAGUGGAGAGCAGCCCCAUAUAUAUAUAUAUAUAUAUAUCUCAAAGUUGACCAAAUUUCUUUGUGGAACACAAAUCAUAUGAUAGUGGAAAUUUAAUCAAAAUCAAAAUACAAAGAGAAUUACGGUCUUAAAAAUAUGACGGUGAAAAAAAGUGAUAUAUUGUAAAUCAUCUGUUGAGAAAUUUAUACAAAUUGCUGCUUUUACUCAAACUUCCAGGGGGAAUCAGGUUCACUAUUUCUGUUCAUUUUCAAAAGAAGCCACUUUUUCCCCUUUUUUGUAAUUGUAUGUGGGUGGGGGUCAGUGUCCAUACAACACAUAGGUUGUAAGGAUAUUAAUGGUGUUGAUCAUCAUUCAUAUCCAUACAACCUAUGUGUUUAUAAUUAAAUUAAUUACUAGAGCACACAAUUGUUUACAAGAGCAUUAAGUUCUUCAUAGAUCUUAUAGACAAUGCAGUGCUUUUUUGUACGAGAGUGUAGUUUAUUUACACAAACUCUUAACAAUCUAAUCCCUGUUUUUGCUCUUUAAACAAAUAAAGGAAUUCUUUUUUACUGGUUAUUCGUCUUAUUUCUUAAAUCUCCUUGGCAUAAUAUUGUGAAGCUGAUUCUACGAUUAAAGUUCAAUAAUUGUGUUUAAAAAAUAUUCCAAAUCUAAACUUAUUUAUGAACAAUUUUUUAAAAAUAUUUUCCUUCUCCCAGAAUCUAAAAAUAUACAAUUUCUCAGAGGUUUACUAGCUUGAGACAUGACGUCUCCUACCUCAAUGAAAAGGCCAUUCUCAGUGUUCGUCACCUGGAGGCCUGUUAGGAUAGGGGAACAAACAAUAAUCCCAAAUGUCAUUUACUGUAUCAACCUAUAUAAACUCCUUGCAUCAGCUGCCACAAGACGCCGUCCAGAUGUUAAAGUGUGUGACCUCCUAAUGGGUAUGAACAGUCUUUUCAUGCUUACUGCUGUUACUGCAUUGAACUGAUCCUGCGUGGACCAAAUGACUGAGUCAUUUUGGUGUAUCAUCAUGCCAUUAUAUAUAUUCGAUUGCUGCAUCGUGUAUGUGCUUUGUGUCAUGUAUAUAUUUCUGUGAUUUAGAUUUAUUAUUGACAGAUAUUUCUGAAUUACUGUUUAGUCAGUCUGGGCAAAUUUAUAGGACAAUGAGCCAGUUGUCUUCUUCUUACAGCGGUUCCUAAGAGGAAAUAAUCCUUAACUAUUAAUUACCUCAGACAAAGGCAGCACCGGGUCUUAUUUUACUAUUUCCUCUGAAAUACCUGAUGCAGCUUCAGGAUAAAUUCAACAGUUUGUGACACAGGCAGAUAUUUUUGAUGGCCUAUUGUCAGAUUGUCAGUUUCCGCAAAAAUUUUUUUUAAAAAAAUAUCCCGACUUCCUCACACUUUGGAGAGCCCAGAAUGACCUACACACAUUAUCUGUUUGUUUCAGACAGGACGGAUUCUGCCAUUCCAGACAUGAAUUUUUCAUCUGUCAAUGGCUCUUUUAUUGUAACCGUGAGCAACCGGGACACGUUCACAACGGCUGUGACCAAGAAUGUGAUCGUCGCAGCUCUCUGCAUCUCCAUUAACUACAUCAACGGUACUCUGGUCCACACCUUCAGAAAGCACCAGGUCUUCAGUCUGAGCUCCCGCUACAUUCUGUUCAUCCACCUGGUGAUAAACGACAUGAUGCAGCUGACGCUGUCCACCCUCCUCCACAUCAUCAGUUACACCCUGCGUACAAUCAACGUACCCUUCUGCCUCAUCCUGCUGAUCGUUGCCAUCAUCACUACCCUCAACACCCCACUGAACUUGGCUGGAAUGGCGGUCGAGUGCUACAUCGCCAUCUGCAUCCCCCUCCGCCACGGUCAGAUCUGCACCGUCAGGAACACCUACGUCCUGAUUGGUUUGAUCUGGGCUGCAGGAGCCGUUUCUAUCCUCCCUGACCUGUUCAUCCUGCUGGUCACUGAGCCGCUGCAGUUCUUUCACUCAGAAUCGUUAUGUUCCAGAGACAAAGUGUUCAGAAGCACCUACAGCAUGAAGAAGAGGGACGCAUCACACAUCGUUUGUCUCGUCUUGGUUUGGCUCACGCUCUUUUACGCCUACUUCCGGAUUCUGUUUGCCGCCAAGGGAGCAACUGUGAACUUCGAAAAAGCCAGAAACACUAUUCUCCUCCACGGUUUCCAGUUGCUGUUGUGCAUGCUUGUUUAUGUGGGGCCCAUGUUUAAACAAGGUCUGCUCUACUUGCUGCCCCAACAAGAACAGGCCAUAGACUUUGCCAUCUAUGUCUUUAUCCAGAUCCUGCCGCGGUUCGUCAGCCCUGUUGUCUACGGCCUGCGAGACCAGAUGUUCAGGCGACACGUGAGAAGGUACCUGCUGUGUAAAGUGAGCACAAGCAACCAGCGAAUGAGGCCACAGUGUCAAACGUGA